CAUAAGUGACGUUUGAAAAAUAUACAACAUUACGAAGGCCGAAAUAUAUUUAGUUUUCAACACCUAUUUUUACAUAUAUUAUAAAAUGUCUGAUCCUGAAGAUAUUGAUUGUGAUUUUCCCAUUAGCUUUGAGCCUAAUCCUGAGACAUCUCCUGAACCAGAGGAAUUGGGCCUUCUUCCCCCAAAUCACCCACUACUAAGCAAGUUUCAGGACUGUUUAAAAGGUCACUUAAUACGUACUAAACGUGGUAUAGAAAAUGAAAUUGCAGAAAUAAAACACCAUGUUAAACUGAGAGAACAGCGACGAGAGGAGCAAGGAUUGACAUUGUAUGAUAUGCAACAAAAAAUGAAAUUUCAAGAAAAACAAAUUAUGGAGUUAUCCGCUGUUAUAGAAAAACAUUUAAAAAAUCGACAAGAUGAAGAAUUUAACACAAAAACCUUAAAAGCGGAAAACGAAGAAAAAAUUAAGUUAACUAAGUCACAAAAAACUCUUUACCAUGAAAGAAUGGCAGAACUAGGUGACAUGCAAAGUUUAGGAAGUAACAUCAAAAGAUGGGCUUGUUCCGUUGAGGAUGAAGUAAAAAAUGCUAAACGCAUUGUUAGUAGAGACGCCCAGUUGCAAGACCAGCUAUCACAGGAAAAACGAAAAUCAGAUAUACUCUUUUAUCGGCUGGAUAUAGAAAUAAAAAAGAGAGAAAACGAGUUACUGUCGAUUUGUGAAGAAGAAGCUACAAUGAAAGAAGUGAUUAAUAUUUUAAAUAUGAGCAUAGCAAAUGCAAAUACAGAUUUAGAGGUUUUGCAAAAUGAACACAAACGGCUCACACAGGCAUGGAACGAGGUUAUAAUAGCCAUUCAGUUGAGAGAUAAAAUUUUAUUUCAAGUACAAAGCGCAGCAAGAAAACACAGGGAGGCAAUGAAACACAAUAUAGCGGGAAUAGAAGCUAUCAAAAAACAAAUUGGAAAGGAAAUGGAACUAAAUAAAAAAUUGGAUUCAUUUAAGCAACGACUGGCAGAUGAAACUAAUUCCUUAAGAAGGGAAUGUCAGGAUGAAAGCGAAUCUCUUUCGAAGAUGCAAGCAAAGCUAGAUGACCUGCCAGAGUUUUUGAAUACAACAGAAGCUGAUUUACAAGAUGCUUUACGAGAGGGAACUCAUCUAUUCACAGAAAUUCGAAAACUAGACAUCGCCUUGGAUAAAUUUUUUACGCAAAAGUUUCGCACUGAGGAAACAAUUUUAAGGUUAGCGCAGGAUCACUUAAUAACAGACAAGGCUACCGCUUACCGUUUGAAGCUAUUAGGUAAAUCUCAGGAAAAACGUCGAAAUGUCGAUUUAUCAUUAUCUAAAGUUCAAAAUCAAUUGUCAAUAUCAAUGCUUGAGGUUGAAAAACUAAGAUGCGUAGUUUUUAAUGAAAGAGCCUAUAAUGAUAGUACGAAAACAAAAUUAAAGAAUGCAGAAAAUAAAUCUUCUACGUUGGAAAAUGGUUUAAAAAAGAUACACAUUCAAAUUGAAAUUAAAAUGAAAUUAUACGAAAAGAUUAACUGCAAAAUUGAGGAAAUGGAUCAUUUAUUUGGCGAUGCGUCCGGAAAUCCAACAGACUUAAAGAUUAAACAGCUUGAAAAAUCCAUUCACAUAGGAGAACUGCAAGUUCGUGAACAUCAGCAGUUUUGGAUAAUGCUGCAGAAUCAUUUUGUAAAUCUGUCCCAAAAAAGAAACGAUCAGCUAAAUGAAAUUCAAGUCACUCGGAAACAACUAUCCAUUAUUAGGCAAAAGUCAUUAAAAAGUGACCAAGAGCUGGAGAUAUCACAUAGAAAAGCAAAGGAAUUACAAAUAUUUAUUAAAAAAUUUACAUCGAAAUUGGAACUGCUUAACGACAAGAUAUAUAAAAAAAGGAUUCACCAUGAUGUAGAGGAGAGUGAGUUCGACCACGAACAGGCUGAGCAAACUCAAAAACUAAAGAUUGCUGAGCUGGAAAUACUUAAAUUGGAAGGAAAAAUUGUUGAGCUACAAAACGAAAUUGAACUUCACAAAGAUCUUGUAAUAGAUAACCAUAGGGAAACAUUAUCGUGGGAAACAAAAUACAAAAUGAUCGAAGAAACUAUUAAAUGGGCGAAAUUAGAGCGCUCUGUAAAAGGUGAAAUCGGUCUUAUGAAAACUGAAAUACACCGCAUGAAUAUAAGAUAUAGUCAACUUAAACGAGCACAGGAAAGUCUUGUUUUGGAUCUAGAACAUUGCGUUAUGCAUCGUGAACAAAUCUUUGUAAAUGCAUCGGUCAAGGAGCACUUACAAGCCAAAUUUAAGAAAUUAAAAAAUACUUCUCAAAUUCAGGUUAGGCUUGAUGAAGUUCACAAUAGGACUAAGCUCAUAAGUAAUGAAAUAACGUUUUUAUCGGAAAAGCAAUUAAUUGAUGACAUUAAUAAAAUUGAACGUAUGAUUUAUAUGCUCCGUAGAAUUCAGUCAGAUCUUAACGAUAUCAUUAAGGAGGAUGUCAACAUUCAGGAUCGAAUAGAAGAAGGAAUAUUAGCUAAGCAUGCAAACUUGGAACAAAUAAUACGAAAACAGAUGAGAGCAAAAGCUUAUAAAAGGCUUAAUACUUUAAAAUCACAGCAAGUAAUGCUCCGUUCAGAGUUGACAGUUCAACAGCUAUCUCAAAAGCAAAGCGAGCUAAAUUAUAAUCUUACAGAAAUUGCAAAGGCUCUUUUACUAGACUAUCCUAAAAAGAAAUCAUAUGUUUUUAAAGUACUUCAUGUUCUUAAUGACUAGAAAUACAAUAAAAAAUAUAAAUUGUCAUAAUACAGAUAAAAAUAGUGUUGUGAUGUUUGACAGCCCGCGGUUUCGGAAGAAAUAAAACCUAGAUCAAGUUUUUAAAUUUCCAAAUUUUUUAUUUAAAUUAUAUCGAAAAAGCAGAACUUGGUAUAACAGUUUAAUACAAUUGUUUUCAAAACAGUAGUUCGGCUCAAUAAUUUGGCGUUUACUUUUAAAGUGUUUAAAGUGAGAUUAAAAAACUCGUCCAAAAUAGCGAAAAAUUCAGGAAUUUGUGGGCUACUUUUGUACUAUUUGCCAUUUUACUAAACAGCAGCAAGCACUUCAGUGAGAAAUUACUCUCGCAUUAACAAUUUCAAAGCCUUUUACAAGUAUACGGUGAUGUCACGGUACGAGCACAGAAGUCAAGCUAUAGACACGAGACACAAUCUUUGAUCCCCCUGCGAUAUCUACCUGGUGACAAACAUUUAAAGGAACAAACAUCAUCCACGAUUCAGGUAAACAAAGUGUCACAGACUUGUCCAUGCUUAAGACUUGAAUUAAUGCCCAAGUAGAUGCUAAACCUAAAUUGUAGAUACGUUUACUUACCUAUGAGAUGUUGUCUCUUCUCAGUUUCAGACUUCAUAUAGUAUGCCAUUCUCUACCAACCUUAAUAUAAGCCCUAGCAUUUCCUUUGCUAGCGUUCUUAAAUCAGGAGCUAAGUCGUCUGCCACAGAUAACCCAAGGGUUUUCAUACAGUGCUUCAGUCGACAAAUAUAAAUGUGCAUGACUACCUGUAGCCACAGUCAACCGGCCUAGAACCGACAUAGAUUUCGCACCAGCAAAGAAUUAGAGUUCAUAACGUCCAUGCAAAACUAUGCAAGUGCUCAUGAACAAUCAAAUUAUUUUCAUACAGUUGCUUGUGUCAUCUUAGUCAACAUGAUUCCAUAACAAUGUAUAAUGGUGUUCACCGGACCGAUCGUCCUCGCUCUAGCACCGGUCAAAUUGCUGACCAAGCAUUUGGCCGGAAGCUCGCACAUAGCCGUCAAAGGCUCUGCACAUUGACAGAGGCCGCUAUGAAGCCUUUUCUUUGUUAGCUUUUAAGCAGUUCGUUUUGGAUAUUCAAUGAAUAAAGAGCACAAGCUCAUGAAACAAUAA